CUUUUGUGGGCGCGCCAGGCAUAGUUGUGUCAUUCCUCGCAUUCUUUGUUAGCCUCCGUUUUCACUCAAGUAAAGGGCAACUUGCUAAUUCCAGGUGAUUUUUCGAAGGACGACGUUACUAUCAUUCCUCUUGUAUUUUGAAGAAUUCUGUGUGGUUAGACUUGUGCUUCCGGAACGACUGAUCAAGCCAUCAGUUAGAAGUCUACUGGGUCAGAAUAAACAGUAUUUGGAGAUUCCCUCCAGCUAAGAUCAAUUUUUUACUCAGUGUUUCCAACAAAACCGCCAAGAUUUCGGACCACGAGGACCUCGAAAUGACUAACUCGGCCGACGAGGGCAGCGCGACCAAAAGCCCCGUCGACAUGGCCAAUGAUGCCGAAGGAGUAUGGUCGCCAGAUAUCGAGCAGUCCUUUCAGGAGGCUCUGGCAAUUUACCCUCCUUGUGGGCGGCGAAAAAUUAUUCUCUCUGAUGAAGGCAAAAUGUACGGCCGUAAUGAGUUGAUUGCUCGAUACAUCAAGCUGAGAACUGGAAAAACAAGAACAAGGAAACAGGUUUCCAGUCACAUUCAAGUGUUAGCAAGGAAAAAGGUUUCAAGUCACAUUCAGGUGUUAGCGAGGAGAAAACCAAGAGAAGUGCAUGCAAAAAUUAAGGACCAGGCUGCGCGAGACAAAGCUCUUCAGACUAUGGCCUCAAUGUCAUCGGCACAAAUUGUGUCAGCCUCUGUACUUCACAGUAAGGCUCUGGCGGCAGCUGGAAUGCCUGCAUUUAACAAUGAAAGCCAAGGAUACCAACAACAAUACUGGCCAUCUAGCGCAGGGCAGCCAGUGCCAGGCAGUUAUAACAAUGCCUCACAAGCUCCAUAUGGCAGUCCAGGAGUCCAAGCCAGUGUACCUGGUAGUGUUGUGUCCACAGCUUCAGUUGCAAGCCCCACUGGAGCUGUUGUCAGUACUCCUGAAGACAUGAGGAGUGUCACACACAGCAGAGGAACUGUAUCCUCUACACCACCAACUUUUGCUGCACAUGGCAGCUCAACAUGGCCUCAGAGAUCUGUUGAACAGCAGCUACCCCUGCGGCUGGUGGACUUCUCAGCAUUUCUCGAACAACAGCGAAUGGAACCUGAGUCGUACCACAAGCAUUUGUUUGUUCACUUGGGACCAAACACAGAUCUUGGUGACCCUCACCUUGAGGCAGUCGACAUUCGCCAGAUUUAUGACAAGUUUCCUGAGAAGAAAGGAGGCCUUAAAGAGCUUUAUGACAAGGGACCCCAAGCAGUAUUUUUCUUGGUGAAAUUUUGGGCUGAUCUGAAUACAAACAUACAUGAUGAAGCUGGAGCAUUUUAUGGUGUUUCAAGCACUUAUGAGUCAAACGAAAAUAUGACCAUCACAUGUUCCACAAAAGUUUGUUCAUUUGGCAAGCAAGUUGUGGAGAAAGUGGAGACUGAAUUUGGCCACUUCGAAAACAGUCGGUUUGUUUACCGCAUUCACAGGUCCCCAAUGUGCGAAUACAUGAUCAAUUUUGUUCACAAACUUAAACAGUUGCCUGAAAAGUACAUGAUGAACAGUGUGUUGGAGAACUUCACAAUUCUUCAAGUAUUAUCAAACAGGGAGACACAAGAAACCUUACUCUGCCUUGCCUAUGUGUUUGAAGUAUCAACUAGCGAACAUGGAGCUCAGCAUCAUAUUUACCGACUAGUUAAAGACUAAAAAAUAUUAUAUUAAAAGUAACUGCUUUCUAGAACAUGUAUAUGUAUAUCUUUUUCCUUUGUAAAAUUUAUUCUUUCAAUUUCUUUAUAUUAAAUAACUUGUAUUAUGUAAAUGAAAGAAAACAUCAGCCAUUUGGAGGACUAAAACUAUCCAUGCAAGAUAAGGAAAAUUGUUUUAAAGCACAUCGAUAUUGCUUUGGGUUGUGAUAUUGCAUUUUGCUGUGAGUUCUAGGAGCUAGAAAUCAUUACUUUUAAUCAAGACAUUUGAGAUGACUGUCAGCUUUACUCCAAUUGUAAGUUCCAGCCAUCAAAAAUCUUUUAUAUUCUCUGAGAUAUUAAAUACUUUUAAUAUUGUAAAGGGCAAGUAAAAUAGUCCAUCUCACAGUUGUGUGCUUGGUUGCCAAGCCUUUGAACAGAAGUGAGGCUAAGGUUGACCUUAUUAUGAUACAAACCUUGCUGCUUUGCAGAUGCAAAUUACUUUGUUAUCAUGUGAACUAGACACUGGUCUCUAUCACUACAAGGUCACCUUCAGCCUCACUCCAAAUUAAAGGCUUGGCAACUAAGUACACAACUAUAAAAUAGCCUAUUGUGUGGUAAAUCCAUGAAUGAUUUGUGCAUGUAUGACUGCAGAGCAUUCUGGCCUUAAUCUUAGUAGAAAAAGGUAAAUACUGUCCAUUUACUCAACCCUUUUAAUUCAAGAGACAGGGAGUAAAAGGGUAUAGGACUUUUUUUUUUGUCUGGUGAUAAAAUCCCUUCACUGUCUGCCACACAUUUCUACUUUGGAGUUAAACCAACUGACACCCAUUGUUGUUCUUCCUUGUGCUUACUAUCUUUCUUCUUGACAGUGCAGUGAGAAUGUGAGGAGAAAUUAAUUAUUGUUUACUCCAAGGAGUGAAAGAGUUAUCUGAAGCUGGCAAUGAAUCCAGAUUGUGAGAAAGAUAUGAGAAAAUUUUUUUUCUAGUCAGUUUUCCAAUUUUUUUUUCUUCACUUCUUCUUCUAAAUUGCUAAAAAUUAGCUUACAUGUUCUCCUAGCUGUCCACUAAUUGAAUGUUAAUUUGCUGGGAAUUGCUGAAGUUAAGUUUUGCAGCUGUAAUCACUGGCUGAAUGGUUUUUUUUUCCUGUUUUUGUGGAUGCUAAACUGCACCAUAGUGGUGAAUUUCUUUGUACUAAGGGGGUUUGUAAUUACUUAUAAAUGUUCUGACAUUUAAAGACUGUUACUAGUGUACUCAUUCAAACGAUGUAGGCUAUUAAUCUCUUUUUCUAGUUAGUAUUUUCAAACUAGACAUUUUUACAUGUGUAUCUAAAGCAGUACAGCUUAACUGUACUGAGCAUAAAAUUGCUUCAAGUUGUGGAGCUUAAGUACUAGGGGAGUUUUCAAGUGUAAAGUGGUACAUAUUUUCACUUAAUUUCUUAUCUCUCUACAUUCAUGUUAAUAGAAAUGUCCAAUACACUUCUUGUUCUGUUCUUAGAACAUUUAUUAGGCAAACACUUAGCACACAUCAAACAUAAGUAAGAAAGCAAAACUUUGCACAAGUGAUCGUAAUUGUGAUGUGAACAAGGUAUGUGACCACACUGUCUAAUGAAUAUCAUUCUUAGAAAAAAAAGAAAACCUGUUUUAUUCUAAUUUUUAACUUAGGUGUUGCUAGGGAAGAAAAACUGGCAACUGGCUUAGAAAAUUCCUUGAAAGGUGCACCAUAUUUUUGUACUGUGGUGAUAGAGGAAAUUCUUUAAAAAUGGUAUAUGUUUCCAAACAAAGCAAAAAUAUUAUUAUAUAGAUAAACUAAAGUAGUUUAGAGGCAGUUUUCAGUAAUUAUGCUUGGAUCAGUUUUGUUGUUAUUGUCAACAAAUUUAUGUAUUAUAGGGUACUAUACAGCUUAAAUAUAUAUAUUGGACAUUAAAAGAUUCUUUCAAGAA